AUGAGUGCUUCCUAUACAACGAUAAAGGGUCCUCAAACGACCACAGAAGAUGUUCCCGCGGAGGAAGACGUUGUCCGGAUUAAUCAUGAGCAUGCUGAGAGGAUGGACGGCGCGUUUCUCUCCAUCGUUUUCAGUGCCGCCAUUCCUUGCGGGCUUAUUAUAGUGGUCACUGCUAUCCUGCUGGGCGUCAUCUAUGUCAACAAGGUCGAUACCUACACAGGCUGGUCCGAGUUGCAUGUUGGCCAGAAUGGCACGAAUACUUCAACUGGAGUGUGGGCCGCCAUCAACAGCUGGAAGAAACACGGGGGAAAUGCGGCAUUGUUCGUCAACUUCAAUCCUUCUUCUCUGACAGCCGUCGCCUCUUUAACUGGCAAAAUUAUCCCAUACCUCUCGAGUUCAAUCAUGGCACUGGUUGCAUUUUUCGUUGCCCGUCGCAUCAUCCUCGUCUCCAAGGACAGUCAGGGUCACGAACUCCCCACUCCACGUCAGAUGUCGCUCCUCAUUCAGCUGCUAGGAGGCAACAGCUAUGGCCCGUUGAAAGAUACUGUUCACUAUCACAUCAAGCACAAGAAGAGAUGGAUCUCGCCUAUCCCACACGCAUUUUCUGCCCUGGCUGCUGUCACGGCCCUAGGAAUAAUCAUUCCCGUUGCAGACACAUGGUUCAGCACGACCGUAACUCCAGUCCAUGUCGCUAAGGUGGAGAAAGUCACCGACACCCCCCGUUCUCCUUUCGGGCGAGACUUCAGUGAUCCUGAAGAUGCUUGUGGAGAGGACAAUUGGUGGUACCCGGAUGAUGGGAACAAUGGCUGGAAAUUACCAUGCAAUAUGAUUGGUCUUUACUAUAACAAGGACGUAAACCACACGACCGUAUGGGAUUAUUCGAUCUCCAACGCCAACCAAGCGGCCCUGACCAUUGCCAACCUGUCCGACACGAAUACUGUGAACGACUGGUACAAUAGCACCAGCGAUCCGGUCCACCAUUAUAAAUAUCUGGCCCACACGGGCUUAGGUUUCGCCACAGACUUUCGAGCCAAGACGGUUGCAGUGAAGACACAGUGUGCUCCGAUGACAGAGCAGUGCUUCCAAGCCUGCUUCUCUGACAACCCUGAUGAAGAAGACAAUUGCAGGUAUCUUAAUAACUCCUAUGCAUUUCAAUGCAGCCCAGGAUUCACUGGAGAAUUGACCUCGAAUGGAGCGUCUUGGGCGACUUCACUUCGUAAAAACUCAUCGGUCGGAUCGACGGGGUUUGGAUUUGCGCUUGACGCGAGCCUCAGCCAAAUGAUUGGACACGAUCCGUCCAAGGUCGAGUUCGCCGCCUUCACCAAUCCUCUGUAUUUCGGAACCUGGUCGCUGGGGUGGCAGAACAUGCCUGAUGACGAUUAUGAUGAUGCUGGCGGUGGCAAUCCCAAGAACAAGGACCCUUGGGAUCUCGACCGCAACAUAUUUUGGGACGCAAAUUAUUACUACGCCUGGAUGCUGAAUUGCAGUACGGAAAUAUCCUACGCAUACUACGAGUGGAUCAACGGCACGACACACAGCUUCACCCCGUGGCCCGCCCCGCAGGAGAUUGGUGGUAUGGUCUCAUAUCCCUUCGUCUCGGGCUUACCACUUGGCGAGCUCUGCGCCCAGUCUGCCGCUAGUCAUAUGAAAGAAGCCAAUAACUCGACGCAACUGGCCAACCUGUUCGCCGACUACUUCUCUACCUGCGCCCUGGGCAUAAUGGCUGGGAACAUCAACCCUACGGAGACCAUCUUGGAACAGACGCGGAACAACAACUACGGCGCCACGCGGGUGCCGAUUGUUCCCCUUUUCGUCCUCCUGGGCUUCAAAUUCCUCUACUGCCUCGCUGUGCUCUGCCUGGCGAUUGCGGCGUACCACUAUACCAACCCUGCCGAGGCGCAGUCCGUCAAGGAGCGACUUACCAUCAAGGGCCUGGCGGCAACCUACUUCUGCGACACGCCUUCACACCAACAAGUUGCGGUCCAGAACGUCGAGCAGCUCUUUCGAUCCCCCGAAGCGACCAAUGCUGCGGGCGAUGCCGAAGCCGCCGUCCCGGCAGAGCAAAAGGUCGGGAUCGUCCAGACGGAGAUGGGCGGGUGGCAGUUCGUCAAGAUGACUGCGAGCAAAGUCUACGACGCUGUUGGCCCCAUAGUCGAGAAGCAGCUCAUGUCGGAUGCCAAUGCCGGCAACUUUGGCACCGACGGCAAGGAUGUUGCGAACUGGGUAUCGCUAGUCCAGAAGUAA